AUGUCACAGUUGGAAAAUAUUGAAAUAAAAGUGAAUAACGAAGUUGAUAAAAUUGAAACCAAUACAAAUGAACAAAGAGUUGACAAUGCGGUUAAACAGGAAACUGAAAGCAAUAAAGAAACAAAGGAAGCAGUCAUAGAAGAACCAAUAAAAGCUUUCCAAGUUCCAGUUGCAUUCAAUGUUAUAUCUGCACCAAGAGUUUGUCCACCUGGAUAUCGAAUGGAUUCGAAAGGAAAAUGUCGGAAAGUUCUGUGA